AAAAAUGGACAUACGAUAAAAUGAAGAAAAAAAAGAAAGAAACAUGUACAUUCUAGCAGUAAAUCUAGGCUUUGUGGGCUACACAGUAUUGAAUUGAGCAUAAAAGUACACCUAAUCACAGAAAUGGAACAAAUUGUUAAAGCCUUAAUUAAAAUAACGACGACUUAUAUACUAUUACUACUAUUAUAUGGUUACAUAGACAAACACCUCCCGUCUGCAUGUACAUUAGGGGGAGGGCAAUUUUCCAACCAGCCCUAAACGCAGCAGCAGAUUCGACUGACGUCGGCACUGUGUAAAAGCUUGGGCUGCAGCCGGUCACAAGUUGAAGCUGGUACCGGAGAAGUGGACUGAUCAUGACUGCAAGGAUCCAGGGAGCAGUGGGCAAACUGGUGCCAAAGAACCAGGCAACGGGUAAUUUACUGGGCGAUGGAGUGGUGACUUGACGGCUGCAUUACAUUUCACACUGAUAACGCAUAAAGUUUUAAGGCUAAAGACGAUGUCGAGGAUCAGGCGGGCGGUGUGGCUGGUACUGGCCAUGCUCGGCCUGUCUCUCCUGCUGGUGGUGCUGGGAGUCUACACCACAACCCGAACGAAGAGCCUGGAUGUAACCGGCUACACCUCUGGAGUUAUCCUGACCCUUGGAUCGUUCCUGGGACUUCUAGGACUGUGUUUGAAGGAGAACUGCAAGCAGCUGCUGACGGCUGCCAUCUUGUUCCUCAGCCUGGGGAUCGUCGCCUCUUUCCUCUGCGUGAUGAUCGAUGGUGUCUGUGUUGCUUUAAACAUGGACGUGCGUCCGCUCAGAGCCGAGCGGUGCCAGCAUUACAGCAGCGGCUCCAGCUACAUCUACGAGAAUCUCUACACCUCCGUGUCGUGUUGGAGUCUGACGGAGUCCUGUAACAUCACGGUGCGAAGUGGGACGUGCUACUGCUGCGACCUGUACGACUGCGCCAAUGGAGACUACCUCAGCAACUACUAUGAGUUUGUGGGCGUGCGGAGCUGUGGGGACGUCUUCACCCUGUAUGUUUUAAUCUGGGUCCUCACUGGCCUGAACCUGGCCGCCUUCUUCGCUGGGAUCCUGACGACAGCGGUGCUCGGCAGCAUGAAGGACCUGAGGGAUAGCAGCCCUGCGACCGAGCCCUCCUACAGCACGUUACCUUCCCCUACGGCGCCUCUGUUGAUGGAUGCCAACACACACAACACAGUUCACCAUCUCCACCCAGUCAGUGUGCAGACAACGCAAACAUGAACACAACACACACACACACCCACUAGCACAGUAGCUAACACACCAUAUGUAUGUAUGUAGCCUCUUUUCUUUUUGGCUUGCGAGUCUGAGCAUCAUUAGUCCAAACCACAUCGGUUUCUCAUUUCACUGAUCUAACUUUGAUAAUGCAGGUGUGUAUUUUUAAGAGUGACACAACUGUCAGUAAGUCUCGCUGAUAAGUCGUGCCUACAUGUGUUAGCACUUAACUACCACAGGAGAAUCAUUGUUGAUUAAAAAAGCCUGUCUCACAGCUCGCACGUCUCCGUCCGCACCCUCCUGAUGAGGAGCCUCCAGGUCUAAGCCUCAGCCUCACAGCUUUCUCACUGCUGAAUGGGGAGAGGUCUGUCCCACACUGAGAGCAGGCGUUUUAUUUUAAGCAUUAAAUGUUUAUGAGAGACAUACUGUUGAAUUAAAGUUGAAUAACUAAUAAUCAGUUUAUGAGUAAUAUGAGAGUAAUUAAAAAUCCAGGAUCAUGGUCCAUGCGUCAUAUUUAAUUGUGUUUGAUUAUUUUGUCUAGUUGUAGAACAAAUCUAACCUCAGAAUAAUAUUGGUCAACUUCCAUUUCAUCACAGUCCCUAGUUAUGAGUAACAUAACGCCAUUUGUGGUUAGUUAUAGGCACUGGCUCAGUUUGGUCUUGUUCAAUCUCGUUUCACAGUCGAGCAUCGCUACGGGACCGUCCACAGUAACACAAUCCUCGAUCCUGCUGCACCAGAGCUAACGGCUAAUUGGUUACAUGCUUCCUGUGGUGACAGACACUCUGUAAUUACCUCUGUGUGUAGUCAGCAUUAGGUUUUGAGGUGGAGGCUGUUCCUCAUAUAAACAUCACCCACGUAUGAGGGAGACGAUGCAGAGCUGCUGUUAUCAGCUCAGUUCACUGUUUACUGCUUCACCACCAAAGGUUUUCUGCUGCUGCUGCGGAAUUUAUGAUAAGGUAGAUCAAAUUAAUAUUAAUAGAUAGCAGCGUACUAAUUUUUGCUGUUACGUGAAGGUUAAUGUGGCAGAGAGUAAACAGACACAUGCUCUGGUUACAUAAAAGCUUUUAUAUCCACCUCUCAUUCCUGCUUGUAUAUCUAAUAUCAUUUGUAUUUUCAUUUUCACUUAUAGUAAAACAUUUGUUGUCUCACAAGUUCUUAACCACAUCUUGUAUCAAAAUUGAAUUUUUAAAAAUAUUUCCUUCUUGUGAUUUUUACCUGAUGUAUUGGAGCUGUAUAAAAACAUUAUGCAGUAUGUUCACAAUCACAAGAAUAUUUUUGCUUAAACCUCAAAGAACUAUCUAUUAAAUUUGGAAAUGACAGAAUGUUUUGAGAGUAUAUAAUUGCUAAAAACUACUAUUUUUCCCUACACCUACAGAAAAACAUUCAGGGAACAUUUAAAUGCUAUUGUUCUAUAAAUAUUAAACAGUAAUGUUCCCUAAACCUAUAAAAAACACUGCAGGAUAGGAUCCUGUUGGGAAUUUUAAAACUUUAUGUACCAUGAAACACAUUUUUCUAAAUAAGUGGUUUUCACUGACAUGUUUAUAUGGUGUCACCACAGUGUUUGAUUUAAACACAUGUAAUAAAUGUUUAUUUUGUCGUCCUGUAGAAUUUA